AUGGCGAACUCGGAUCGUCCAGACACCCGCGAUACCAACCACUCGCCGACGACACCGACUUACCCCAAUGUGUUGGGGAUCCCUCGCCCCCCCUCUGUGGGAGGGAUCUCGUCCCGAAUGACGGAUGUUGCCUCAGACGAUGGCGAACGCACCCCGAAUUCUCCAACGUUUGCGUCACCCCCGCCUUCGCUCCAUACGCGUCCCUCAUUCUCUAGGCGCGGCCCGCCACCGACAAGACACCCCUCUACUGCUGCGAGCCAGGUGACAAGUCGACCUGGCAGUUCCAGCAGCCGAUUCAGCAGAUCCCAUGUCUCGUCCAUGACGGCCCAGGCAUUCUUCCGUCCUAUGAGCUCGCAACGACUCCAAGCACACCGCGGAACCCGGCCGGUGACCAAAGGAACGGUGGCGUCGACGGAUGACUGGACGCCAGACCAGGGAAAUCCAAAUCGGAGAAGUUUGGUUUCCAACAGCACCCUUCCACAGGGUUCUCUUCCUCCCGGUGACAUGGAAGUUCCACCAUCUCGAGGCACCGAGUUCACAGACCCGAUUAUCCCUGAUCGAAACACUUCCAACGCGAGUCCUACGGCCGAAACAACCAUCCGAAGCCUGGGUGAGAGUGUCCGGCUCCUUCGCGAUCGUGAACAACAGGGGAAUAAUAGACCGCGGCCUGCUCAUCUGAAUCUGAGUGCGAACUUCAAUGGUCGCAGCAUGCAAGACGCUCCCAUAACGCCCAAGUCGCCACUAGCUUUUCUGAAUAAGACACCAGCCCGUGAGAGUCACGAUGCCCGGGGCCACGAGCGAUUGUCCUCGGCUGGCUCGUCGCCAGGACCUAGCCCUCUCGAUAUGAAAAGGGAACGUUUGCCCAAAACCAACUUGGGUAAAAAUUAUGAGUAUUUCACUGGCAAUACUCUCUUCUUUGGUGGUGGACGCUUGCAGAACUCGAGAGAUAAGCCCAUCAAUAUCGCCACUGGAUUCCUGAUAGUUAUACCAGCUGCUUUGUUCUUCGCCUUCUCAGCCCCUUGGUUGUGGCAUAACAUCUCCCCUGCUAUUCCCAUUUGUUUUGCAUAUGUAUUCUACCUAUGCUUUUCGUCUUUUGUGCACGCAUCUGUCGUCGACCCGGGCAUCAUGCCCCGAAAUUUGCACGCCCAGCCUCCCCAAGAUGCCUCCGAUGACCCCUUAGCCCUUGGGCCCCCCACCAAUGACUGGGUUAUGGUUAAGCUCGCUACGUCCGAGGUGGCUGCGAUGGAUGUGCCUGUCAAAUACUGCAAGACCUGCAAUAUCUGGCGUCCUCCUCGCUGCUACCAUUGCCGAGUUUGCGACAACUGUGUCGAGACCCUUGAUCACCACUGCGUCUGGCUCAACAAUUGUGUCGGCCGUCGGAACUACCGGUACUUCUUCGCAUUUGUCAGCUCAGCAACCAUCCUGGCACUGUUUUUGAUCGGUGCCAGCCUCGCCCAUAUUUUGGUCUAUAUGUCGCGUGAGAACAUCUCUUUUGGCGCCGCGAUCUCCAAAUGGAGAGUCCCUUUCGCCAUGGUCAUCUACGGCGCGCUCGCUUUCCCAUACCCUACAUCCCUGUGGCUGUAUCAUUUGUACCUGGUCGGACGCGGCGAGACUACUCGAGAGUACCUCAACUCCCACAAGUUCAACAAAGCGGAUCGCCACCGGCCGUUCACCCAGGGGAAUAUCAUCAGGAAUUGGAUGGCUGUUUUUGGGCGUCCCCGACCUCCCACCUACAUGCAGUUCAAGCGGCUCUAUGAGGAAGGCGACCAGCGCUUUGGCAUGCAGAAGCGCAAGCAUCGCGUCCCCGACGUCGAGGCUCAAGCAGGUAUUGAAAUGCAAGCCGUUGGGCCUGCUCGUCCGACUUGA